AGAAGGGUUUGAUAAUGGCAGGGAUCUGUGAAGAAGAGGGACUUCUCUCGUAAGGGUUAAUUGGCGGACGAUGGGGCCUCUGUAGUUUCAGUUCCACCACCUGAGUUUCUACUCGCAGCUUGUUGCUAAAAAAAUCCACCUAAAAGGACAAACCUCGAUUUAAAGAAAUUUCCUUUUUUCUGAAACAUCUUUUGCAGAAAGGGGAAACUUGAUACCUGCUUUUAGAGAAGAAUCUGAUAGCUCUGGGUGAUAGAAAGUGGUAAGAGAGAAAGGCCCUUUCCGUGUCAUUAAAAUGGGAAGCUGAGGUAUUUGCAAUUCAUGACUCUCCAGGCCCUCCUACAACAAGACGUUCUGUUUUUCUCCUUUCAUUUCUCUCUCGGAUUAAAUGCCAACCACUAGCCGAAAAGCCAGAAAAUUAUCACUCAUUUUUUUUUACAUUCUGAAGAGGAAAUACAUGACCGAGGUAGUUUACUCAUAGAAGAAGCCCCCAACCAGACAUACACUGAAGCGCGAAACCCAACCAAAUUAAAUCUGGACUGAAUGCAGAGCAAGAGUUAGUUGGUGUAUUGCUGUAAUAAGAGACCCUAUGUGUUGUUCAGAGUGGACACCUGCCACUCAUAGGCCUUUUAGAGUUUCGAGUCAUCGCUUUCGCUAGCACGAAGGGUGGGAGAUUACAGAACAUGAAAAGCUAAAACCGUAGGGUGGUUGCAGAGGCAGAAACAGCAGCAUAGCGUCUUGUUUCCCGGGCCGCGCCGCUCGUGUUUGUCGCUCGUGCGCUUCACAAUCUUCAAUCCCAAAAUACGGAUCUCGAGACAAACUCUAGAGCUGUCCUCUGGCCGACAUAUAUGUUACCUGAACAAUGGUUUGAUUUCUGAGCGACACAUCCUCCUUCGUCUUCACCUUUCCUUCCUCCGCCAGUUUCUCACUGUUCCUACUCGUGGCACUCAUUUAACUGUUUUGGGUUCGAUACAGAGCAUUUGAAGACUUACCGGUUUGUUUUAAUAUUUGCUGUGAAUUUGACCCCUGACUUAUUGCAAUAGCCGCUAAAAAGGGAGGGUCGGUGAUGAUGUUUGAUUUUGUUAUCGCUAGGCGUUGAAGCCCUCCAACCCAAAAGGAGCCCUGGUCUCUGAAGACAAGAUAUGCUUAACUCCGAUGAAGCAGAUAUUGAUAUAUUCUUCGACUCAGCAGAUUUUCUGCCACCUCAACACUCUGUUUUAGGGGAAGAGUUGGGCCGUAACAGGUUCUUCGGGUAUGAAGUCUGGGUGAAUGAGCCUCGGAGUGUGACGGAAAGACGGCAACGUUUUCUCCAGGAAAUGGGUUUUGCUAAAUUUUCUUCAAGCAUUUGCUCUCAAGAGAAUAACAACGCCUUGGAACUCGAAAGAAUAAUGGAGAGCGAAGGCGCUGUAUCAAGUGCCUUCAGUUCCUCCUCCGAAGCCAACUUCUUGUUUGAUGAACAAAACGGAGACGUAAACUUUGAAAGGAAUGUGUGUGAGUCAUCUUCAGGUGAAGAGCACAGACCCGGAGAAGCUGAGGCACCAGAAGAAUAUCAAUACGGUCCCUUUGAUAUGAGUAAAAAGAAAAUGAAGGGGUGGUGGAAGCUCUUUGCGGAGAGCAGGAAAACAAUAGGGGGAAAAGUGCGAUCAAAAUUGCAUAGAGAGACCAGAAAGACUCGCAGAAUAAAAGUAAAGCAGAACAAAAAGAGGUGGAUGGAAUUGAGUGCCUUGUACUUGGGACAAGAGAUUAGAGCUCAUGAAGGCGUAAUAUGGAAUAUGAAGUUUAGUCCCAAUGGCCAUUAUCUAGCCAGUGGAGGUGAAGAUGGGGUAGUACGCGUGUGGCGUGUUAUGUCAAUGGAUACAUCCUGCAUUUUCUUUAAUGCAAAAGACACUACUCCCACUAACAAAGGGAAACAAGAAAUCUCUUGUUCUCGGAGGAAACAGCCAAAUAUAUCCUUCCUGGCCCUUCCAAACAAGGUUCUUCAAAUAGAGGAAUCACCACUGCAAGAGUUCUUUGGUCAUGCCAGUGAUGUCUUAGAUUUGGCUUGGUUUGAUUCAAAUAUUCUUCUGUCAUCUUCGAUGGACAAAACGGUUCGUUUGUGGCAAAUUGGUUGUGAUCAAUGCCUGGGUGUCUUCCGUCACAAUGAUUAUGUGACUUGUAUUCAAGUCAACCCGGUUGAUAAAAACUAUUUUAUCAGUGGGUCUAUAGAUGGCAAAGUCCGAAUAUGGGGGUUGUGUGAAGAGCGAGUUGUUGAUUGGGCAGAUGUACGAGAUGUGAUUACAGCUAUAAGUUACCAGCCAGAUGGGAAGGGGUUUGUAGUUGGAUCCAUCUCAGGCGCUUGUCGUUUUUAUGCUGCUUCAGGCAAACAUUUCCAGCUUGAGGCAGAGAUAUGGGUUCAUGGGAAAAAAAGAUCAGCUGGGAACAAGAUUACUGGUAUUCAGUUUUCACAGAAAAAACACCAGAGAAUCAUGAUCACAUCAGAAGAUUCUAAAAUUCGUGUACUGGAUGGCUUUGAACUUGUCCAGAAAUUUAGAGGCAUUGUGAAGUCAGGAAGCCAGAUAUCUGGCUCGUUUACAUCAAGUGAAAAUCAUAUCAUUUCUGUCGGAGAGGACUCCCACGUGUACAUAUGGAACUGCAAUGACUUGUUAAAUCCAACAUCCAGACCCCCAAAAUCUGAGCGUUGCUGUGAGUACUUUUCCACUGAAGGUGUUACUGUGGCACUACCCUGGUCAGUAAAUAGCACAGAACAAACAAGCUCGGUUGGUAAUUCAGAAAUGCGACAUCUCCAAGAGGCUCGUCCCAGCGUUAGAGAUUCAAAGCGUUUUUCUCUUGGUAAUUGGUUCACCAUGGAAGGGACAUGCCAGGGUGCAGUGACGUGGCCGGAGGAGAAACUUCCGAGUUGGAAUUUACCAUUUGCAGAAGAUGAAUAUGAUCCCACGGAACUGUGCCCAAAAGAUGCUUGGCAUUCAGAAACAUGGGGCCUCUCUUUUGUGGUAGCUGGUUUAGAUGGAACUAUCAAGACAUUCCAUAACUUUGGAUUGCCUGUCAGGCUUUAGAACACCGUCAUGGCUUUCUUGGUGCUCAAGCAAAUCCCACAAAUUUAAGGUUCUGUUCUCUGAUUCUGCCAGUUAUCCUUGAUUAGUUUUUAGGUUUCUUGUAAAACUAUUAGGCACUAGAUGACUUUGUACAUUUGCAAUUCAUGGUUCCAAUUGAUCCAAUGUGGCUCUGAAGGUGUAGUAUUCCGGCCACAAGAUUCUUCAA